CAUUUUUGCUCCUAUAUAUGUUGGGCUGGUGGGAAAUCUCAUAAAUACUGUGAUAGUAAUGGUUUGGAUCCCUUUGCAGGGUAAAACAAAGUCAGACCAUCACGUGAAGGAACAUGGCACAUCGCAGUCUGGCAGCGUGUUUAGCAUCAGAGAAAUCCUUCGCCUGAUGAAGUUUCCAGGAGUAAUGGAAAUUUUCGUAGUCAAGGUCUUUGCUGGAUUUCCCAUAGGUUUGUUCCUGAUUAUGUUUUCCAUCAUCUCUAUGGAUGUCUUUGGCUUGGAAGCAGUGGCGUCUGGAUACCUGAUGUCAUAUUUUGGUGUCCUUCAAAUGGUGUUCCAGGGUCUGGUCCUUGGAAAACUCACCAGCCACUUCACGGAGAGGACCCUGCUCAGGCUCAGCGUCUUCGUCUUUGCCGGUGUGGGCUUAGGCAUGGCCCUGAUGAGGACCGUGUGGCACUACUGUGUGAUUGCUGUGCCGCUGGUGUUCGCCUUCAGCACGCUGGGCACCAUCACCGACAGCAUCCUCACCAAGGCUGUCCCCUCUUCCGACACCGGUACCAUGCUCGGGAUUUGCGCCUCGGUGCAGCCCUUGACCCGGACGGUGGGCCCAACCAUCGGUGGAGUUCUAUACAAACAAUUUGGAGUCUCCUCCUUUGGCUAUUUACAGCUAAUUGUCAAUAUAGGUUUGUUUAUUUACCUCUUAAAGAGUAAAAUCCCACUGGGAGAGAUGAAAAACCAAUAA